GUCCGCCUUUGAAUUUUGUUGCCGAUCAGUCGUUGUAGUUUGAAUGGCUCGCUUGAAUAUUAAUGAAGCUCGAAAUGUUGUUCACCUUGUUCGGUGUCGAGUGAAGUUUUGCAUCUAACAAUUUACCAGUUCUCUCUGUCAGCUCACGAAUUCAACAUUUUAAUUCUCUGUUCGGUUUUCGGCAGACAUCUGUUGUCCGUGUCCGCGUUUAUACCUUCGCGUUACGACCCUCCUCAACAUGAAUUACCUGCGUCCCCAUUGAUUGUUGAUCGCUCGAAAAGUCAGUGUUUGUAAAAUCAGUGUUCUUGUUCUAACGUAUUAUCUCGGUAUCAAGUUUACUCGUAAUCAUUAGUUGCAUGUUCUCAUCAAAGAUCUGCGAAUAUUUGAUAGGAAAUGGUGUCAGUAAACCCGGAUCACAUUUUUGUCUCCUCAAAUUUUCCCUUCAACUUUCUCUAAAUGUUUCAAAUGAAAGAUUCUUGUUUCAUUCAUGGCGAUUAUUUCAUCUUAUCUGUGCGCCUCUCGUAUCCGUGACGAUUAAUUCUCAGAAUGUAAAUAGACUCAGCAAAAGUAUGAUUACUUUUUCCAUCUAAUAUUCAAUUUGUUAAGUUUUCGUGAGUGGUGCUCAUAGAUUAUCAAAAUGAAGCUCUUCCAUUUGAAUUACCUCGGUUUUAAAACUGUCGACAAACGGUUGUCAAGUCCUAUGGUGCCAUGGAUUAUUGCGGAAAUUUGCAAGAACGACAAAGUGAUAAAAGUGACGUUGAGCAUCGAAGGUGGGAUGAUAUUAGUAGCCCCAGGCUGGUUGUCGACAGCCAGUCAGCACUUCAUGUUUACGCACUCAUUGGUGCUCAUCUCGCGGUGGUUCAAAGUGAACCACACAAAUGUUUACAGUUUUUUGUACGUCGAAAAGGAUGUAAAUGAACCGCUUCUUCACUGUCAUCUGUAUCAGGCUACCGAUUGUGAUCUGGUGAUGGAACUGUUCGUGACGAUGAACGAGCAGCAGCAGUUGAACGCCAACAACGCCUCGAACAUAGGCAGAUCUCUGAGCAACGCGGCCUCUCUCACAUCUCUCUGUGCCGACAUCUCACCGAGUUCCUCGCAUUUCUUCGAGGUUUUGUAUGUUGGCAAAAUCAGGGUCUCUCACAAGAAAGUCUCCGAAACUUUCAUUGAUGACGCUUUAGACAAAUUUAAGCAACAUGAUCUAGAAAAACGAAACAAAAUUUUAGAAUCUCGUCGAAAUUCUCAGACCUCGGAUAUAAGUUCCUCAGAAACAAAUAGCAGUAAUGGACCUUUUGUGAAUUCUCUCAGCGCACCUGUAUCUGCAUCAGAAGGCAAAUCAGGUUCGGAGGAAGUAUUAAAUAAAAGUGACGAAAACAAUGUUUGGCCCACCAACAAAGCCCCAUCUGGAGUUCCUCAGAGGUUAAGAGCAGGUUCUGUGGGGAACCUAGUUUUAGGCAAAUCAGAAUCCUUGGUCAAUGGUCAGCCUCCUAUUAGUGAUCUGAAUAGAACUAUGUUAUUUCAAGUGGGCCGAUCGGAUUUACGACUGAUUAGUCCAGACCGCAAACAAAUUCUUCUCCACAAAAAUCUAAAGGACCUCACAUGUUGUAUUCAGGGCAAAAAACACAACGCACAUUUUGGUUUCAUCUGCCACCAAGGCGAUCCUAACUCGGAAGUAUAUAUAGGCUACGUUUUCAAAUGUGAAUCAGAGUCUGUCGCAGACGAGGUUGUAGCCGCAAUUAACCAAGCUUAUGGAAAUACGAUGGAUGCAGCCAAGAAGGAAAAGCAGCCAGUGAUGUCAUGUGACCACUGUCCGAUGGUUUGGUUCCACAAGCUUUGCACAGAACUGGAUGGAUUAAGUGACAAGAAGGUACAGUCAGUGAUCUACCGGAAGUUGGAACUGUUACCAGAGGAAGAGCAACAGAUCGUGUUGACAAAACUUCAUGGGGCUGAGACUUUGAGUAAUAUCGAGUUGAAAGAGCAAAAUGAACUGAUGAUGAUGUUGUUGCGAGCACAUUGCGAGUCAAAGCAGAGUAGACAUGUGCAUGACACAGCGGAAAAUAGGCAUGAAUUUUUGAAUCAGUAUCUUGGUGGUGGCACAAUAUUCAUGAAAGCCAAAAGAUCGCUCACCAGUUCAUUCGAUCAGUUACUCAAAAGGAACGCAACUCGAGAAGAACCCCAUUUGCCACCUAUUACGAAGGAAUUAAGUCUUCCAACUAACUCAACACUUUGCAAAGAUAGUUCAUCUUCCAACUCUGGAUCAUUGGAUGUACCUGAUUCUCCAAGACCACGGAGCUCAACAAUUGGCUCCAUGUCCUCUUCUGACUUUAGAUCCAGUGAUUCCUCAAUGAAUCCCUCUGACUCAGUAGAAUCUGAACUUAUGACGCCCAACAAGAGUCCUAUGUCUAUGAUGAACAUAUUUUUAAAGGUUGGAAAUUCUCCGAAAGCAUCAUCAGAUGACAGCGAUGAAGGAGGGGACACUCCGCCUCAAGGUUCUUGGAGACAGGCCAUCUUCAACAAUGUCGUCACCCCUGUCAAAGCUCAACAAGCAGAUGUUAAAAAGGCAAAACGUGACAAGUCGGAAUACAGAGCCUUAUGGCAGAAAGCCAUCAAUCAGCAGCUAUUGCUCAUCAGAAUGGAGAAGGAAAAUGCUAGACUCAGAGCGAGGCAAGAAGAAGCAACUGUAAAAAGAAUUAAACUUGAGUACGAUGACAUUGGGUCCUGUGCACGAGAAAAUCUGCCGUUUUGGGAAAACAUUGUCUCCAAUCACGGCAAGCGGGAUCAUCAAAUGAUUCUACAAGCUGUGAGGCAAGGUGUUCCUCGGAGCAAAAGAGGCGAAGUUUGGAUCCUGUUGGCAGAAGAGUAUUGCCGCACUUUACCCCCUAUUGAUACUCAAAAGUUCCCCAAGUACAAUGUUCCUUAUGAUGAGUUGCUCAAACAGCUCACAUCUUAUCAACACGCUAUUCUCAUAGAUUUAGGUCGGACUUUUCCAAAUCACACAUAUUUUAUGGCUCCCUUAGGCCCAGGUCAGCUGUCUCUAUUCAAUUUGCUGAAAGCUUACUCACUGAUUGACCCAGAAGUUGGUUACUGUCAGGGUCUCAGCUUUAUUGCAGGAGUCUUACUUCUACAUAUGUCGGAGCAGGAAGCAUUUUUAAUGCUGCGACACAUCAUGUUCCGAAAAGGUUUGCGAACUCAAUACCUACCAGAUAUGGGAGUGCUCCAGGUGAAAUUGUAUCAACUGUCAAGGUUGCUGCAUGACCUCCACCCAGACCUGUACGCUCAUUUUGACAGGCAUGAUGUGCCUCCAACCCUCUAUGCUGCUCCGUGGCUUCUCACCUUAUUUUCCUCACAGUUUCCUCUUGGUUUUGUGACGCGAGUUUUUGAUUUACUUUUUGUGGAGAAUGUGGACGUUUUGUUCAGAAUCAUUGUUGCUCUACUGAGUUAUCACAAGGAUGGUCUCCUUGCCUGUGGCACCUUCGAAACAAUAACUGACUAUAUCAAAUUAAAAAUGCCAGAAGUCAACAAGAAUAUCUUGGACAAAGUUAUGAAGCAGGUAUUCAUCUCUGAUUACACGAAGCAGCUCCACGAGUAUGGUGUGGAGUAUCACGUACUUCAAGAGGAAAUGUCAACACCGCGACCGGAAGUCAAGAAGGUCAAGCACUUGGAACAAGUUAACAAAGCCUUAAUGCAACAGAACAAAUCCCUAUCAGACCAGUUGGAGAUGGCAACCAGCAACGUGAAACGUCUUGAAUCGUGGCGAGCCAAAGAACUCAGUAAAAUGAACCGAUUAGAAAUGGAAGUUCGAAGCCAAGAAAUAACCAUUAAAACCCUCGGUAACUUCAUUUCAAAAUUGGCAUACGAGAAUACAGACAUUGAAGUGCCAUCAGAAGUGCUUCGAAUCAUCACAACCCUGAAUACCUCAGAACGACGGAAGAGCAUCACCAAGAAUCCCAUCACGAGGUCCUCCACCAAUGAUCAGCUCUAUCAUCCUAGCGCAGCGCCAGUGAGAGAGGAGCACGAAAGGUCUUUCAAGUCAACGAUAAGUUCACCUAAUCUAACGUCUAAAGUCUCUUCAUUUUUCAACUCGCACAAUCAGUUCAGAAACAAGAAAACAGACUCAGAAAAUCCACUGAGAAUUGUAGAAAACCAACCGUACCUCAACCCACCUGAGGGGCUGCGAAAGUCCUUAUCAGAUUCAAAAAGUCUCCAACUAACCCCUGAUCGAACUGGGAGAUUAAGUUUAGGUCGAGUGUUGACGGACAAUGAUCUUAAAUCAUUGAAAAUUGCUGUUGAUCAUAACACAAGAGCAAACAGCAAAUCUAGUUCAAUGCCAAUGUCUGACAAGUUUGCCCUCAAUUCUGAGUCAGAUCUCAAAGAAUCUUCCAAGCCUAAAGAGGCCCCGUCUCCAAAUGACGAAAAUGCCAACUAUUCUUGUGAAAACUUAAUCCACCCGCUAGACUCACACGAUGUGAAUAUUUCUUUCAGUGGAACCACAAAAUUGAAGUCCAUCAAACCAUUGCGACCAACUCGUAGUGAAACAAGUUUCAAUCCGGUAGCAUUAAGUAAUGCAAUCAAUAACCACUUUUCCAACAGUAACAUUAGUUGUCGAAAUUCAAACUUGAGUGUUUUAAUCGAGUCUCCAACAGGCACUCCACGAAAAAUUUCACAACAACAAGACAAAGAUGCCAUAAUCAUAGGUGAUGAUGCAUUCAAUCCGAAAAUCACUUUGAAUGAUAGCACCAUGACUACAAAUAACAAUAGUCCUCUUACUCAAGCUAAAACAGACAUUUUAUCACGAUGAAACUGAUACAGCAGUGACUGUGAGAGGCGGCUGUAAAAAACUUGAUGACUCUUGCACACGGUUGGAGAUUUCAUAUAUUUUAUUCUUGAAGAGAGGCAGGAAUUCGUUGCAUCAUACAAUGCUUCAUGAAAUUAAAUUACGUAUCUGUGAACUGCCAUACCAAUAUCUCCCAAAAUGAUGGUGAUCAUCUCUUACCCAACUGUAAAAGUCAUUUAAACAUUCUUGGAUUUUUACCACUCAACUUUUAGAUGACUGAAUUACAAUUUUGAAAUGUAUCCAUAAAAUUUCAAUCCUCUUCAAGAGAACAGUUCAAUUAAUUAUGGGCGAAGCAUUUCAGUGGAGGGCUUUGAAACUUGCGUUUUGGAGUAAUUUGUCUUCACCUCAGUCACUGAUACAUAAUGAGCUUUACGGAUCUGCCUUUAAUAAGAAAUUUUUUGUUUCCAGUCUGAGAAGUAUUAAACCUUAAAAUUGCUAGUAAUAAAAGACUCUCAACAGUUUAGUGAGACUUUUAUUUUAACCACUUUUCAUUGCGGUUCUAUUCGCUGAGUGGCGAUCAAUGUAAAAGGCUGUAUAGUCAAUAUUCUGAGCUUUUUAAUGGGUGAAGUCUCAUUGAUACAUUUCCAGCAAUGCUCAUUAGUCAUCGUAGCCUUCAUUGCAUUGUCUAAAAGCUUCUUAACUGUAAUUGCGAGAAGUUCAGGUGUUUUUUUGUUUCUAAUUACUCCAAUACCUUGUUUUAAACCCUGCAGUCAACUAGUUGAAGCACCUUAUUUCUGCUUCUAUAAGAGCAAGGCUAAACUCACUCGCUUUUCAAAUUCAUAUAGGUUUGCAUUUUGUGAUGUUAACUACGAUUCAGGGUCUUGACAAUCAUUGACUCACAGUUAAAAUUUCACUCAGAAUGAUACCUAUUCCAUAGAAUCUCUAAUCUGUAAAAUUUGACACUGCCUACCUUGACAGGCUAUCCAGUAAUGUAGAGCUUCAGCCCUCUUUGUACAAGCAUAUUCUGACUGAUCCCUUGAUUUUCGACUGAUUCUUUUAGUCUGAGCUAGUGACUAUGUAUAUUAAUCUUGAAACCCUCUCUGAGUCAAGGGAAUUUAAACUGGCAGGCUAGAAUUAAGUUGGUACGUCUAAGCGAAGAGCUCAUAAUUUUAGAGCCUUGAUCAUGAACAUUGAUUUUGUUUUGUUGUUUAUCUUCAGCCGUCAUUAAGAUUCCUACAAUUUUUUCUAGUUUGUUUCUUUCCUCAUUCAUUUUUUGCAACCUACGCAUUCUUUUUCAGAAAAACAGAAUUCUAUGACUUUUCAUCAUGAGUCUAGUAUCAGUUACCCUACUCUUCUUAUUGCAGACGGAACUUAAAUUUUUAGAACUGAAUUUUUUCAAUACUCCUUGCAUUAAACGACUCCAUGCUAAAUUUAAGUAGACGAUCCCUUGUUUUAUUCUUUUUUGUAGCUAAGAUAGUCAAAUGAGUCCUUCCCCAGCCAUUAUUGUGGCUUUGUUGGCAAAUGUGUUGUAAUAUUUUCAGUGCCGUACAAAACUCGUGAAUUGGUAAAAAUCUGAUUUUUACUUCUAUGUAUCUUAGAUGUACCUUGCGUAUUUGUGAUAGUAUUUUAAUUUUAGGUUUUUCUCUUCUUUUGUCUGUAUAAUUUGUAAAUAGGUCAAAUUUGCCGCACGCCUGGCCAGUUGAACAAAUGUAUUUUUCUAAGGAGACUUUGAAAAACAAGACUUUCCGGUCGUGCUAUUGUUAGCUCAACAUAGUUUUUCUGUGAGAGUUAAAUGUUUAUUUGUACUUCUCUUGGUUCCCAUUGUAUUUUGUGUAAGUCCUAGUUAAUUUAUUUGUUUGUUACUGAUCUGAUACAUGUGCUUUCCACAAGUUUUUGCUAACUGUAGCUGUGCUUAACCAAGAACUAUCAGGUUUCAGAGAGAUAAUUUUCCUGUCAAUUGUGUAGGUAGAAAAGGAGAAUUUAAAGCACAUCAUAUAAUAAGUAGAGUAAUAUUGAUUAAUUUCUUUAAUGCGUACACGAUUUCUGUCAAUUCAUCCAGUAAUUUCUUUCAGGGGAAGUUUUAAUUUUUAUUACUGUUAUAAAAAUUUAUUUAUUUUUUUUUUUGGAGGGGGGAGUUUAUUGAACCGAGCAAAUUAAUAUUGGAGUGUAAAGUUGAUCGAAAUACCUCAUAGGAAAGACUUCUCAAUUACCAUUUUUUUUUAUAAUCUCUACAGGUUUUAAGUGAUAAUUUGUCGCUCCUCUGGCGUUAGGGCAUAACUGUUUUUGGAGUAAGGUGUCAUUCUCUAUAUAUCUCUGUGCUUUUCAGGGCUAAUGUAUAAAUUGAGGUACGUCCUUAAGUCAAAGAAGCGAUAAAUGUUAAAAUCACUAAAUUUAGCACCUCAAGCUGUGUAUAUCAUGUGGAGAAAGUUGUUGAGAUGAGUCAUUGAUUUAUCGACCAUUGUUAUUUAUUUGUUGCUGUUUUUAUCAGUUUAUACAUCAUUGUGCCUAGAAACUCAUUUUCAAAGAGCCUUAUGCGUAUUCAAAUUCCUCAAAUGACCUGUACAUAUAUUUAAAUGAUGAUGCCAAUGUAAAUGAAUAAAAGAGAAUCUUUUGAAAACUUUA